AUGGACGAUCAUGCAGGCGCAUCGAUAGCCAACCGCGACGACCCCAUCCCCGUCAUCCAGAUACCAUUCAAUACGGACGACACAGCACCGCCCGAGACAGAACAGCAAAAGCUAGGGAGGAGAGAGAGGAUAAAGCAGGAGGCAGAGAGAUUAAAAAGCAAACUCCACGAUGUGUCGACACAGUACAAGACGACACAGGGGAGCGUGCAGGAGAGACUGUUCAAUACACUGCUGGAACAAGUCUUUCCACAAGAUGCCGAAGAUGAUGGCACCCCCAAGAAGGACCGCCGCUCAAGGCAAUACGUCGACAAACCACAGUUCAGUCUACCGGUCAUGUCGGCAAACUUCCGACGCUUCAACGCAAGAAUAGGAAUUGUCUUUGUCUUCCAGAAUCAGAUGAUACGCCUCUUCACCUGGCGUGUCCCAACGCAUACAAUGUCUUUUCUCGCCGUCUAUACCCUUGUAUGUCUGCAGCCAGCACUAGCUCCUGUCGUUCCUCUGGCAGCUCUUCUAUUCUUCGUCAUGAUACCCUCUUUCCUCACACGACAUCCACCACCUCCUGUCGCAAACCCGUCAUCCUCGGUGGAUGCAGCAGCGGCCGAGCAAUACGCAGCAUACGGCUACUCAGGCCCCGCCGUAGCUCCUCCCCAGCGCGUCAAGCCUGCUCCAGAAAUGAGCAAGGAUUUUUUCCGCAACAUGCGCGACCUCCAAAACUGCAUGGAAGACUUCAGCCGUGUCCACGACGGCGCGGUUGCAGUUAUUACUCCCUAUACUGAUUUUAGCAACGAACGCUUGUCCUCGGCUGUCUUUCUCUGCUUGACUGCUCUCGUGAGCAUCGCUUUCUUGGCUGCACAUCUGGUACCAUGGCGCGCAAUCUUGCUCGUAGCAGGUUGGUCAGCUACAGCAGCAGGUCAUCCCUACACCCAAGAACUCAUCAGUAACGAAGGCUUUCUGGCCAAUCUACAAGUCAUCUACAACCGCAUCUGUGUGUUUGGCGCCGAAUGGGUCGAGUCCGACAUUGUCCUCGACGAACCCGCUCAAGUCCGCGAAGUCGAGAUUUUCGAAUUGCAACGACUGGAAAAACACACUUUGGGAGGAGAGGAAGGAGCUGUGCUGCAGGGAGAAUGGGAACCCUGGUUAUUUACUCCUCAACCCUAUGCCCCUACUUCUCCGUCCAGGAUUGCUGGCGCAAGACCAGUGGGCACACAAUUCUUUGAAGAUGUACAACCGCCCAAUGGAUGGUUAUGGCGAGACAAAAAAUGGACAUUGGAUUUAGGGAGUAGGGAGUGGGUGGAAGAGCGCUGUGUUUCUGCCGUGGAGAUUGAGACGGAAGGCGAGAGAUGGGUCUACGAUCUCGACACUGCUGAUUCAAAGACCAAAUCUACUACCACGCUUUCCCCGCCAAAGAGUUGGGAGGAAGGGUCGGGUGUAUCGGUCAAGGGAGAGUGGAGACGCAGACGUUGGGUCAGACUUGUUGAGCGCAAGAUUGUCAAGGUCAGUCCUGAUGAAUGA